UAUCUAUUUCAGAGAUAAACGCUCGGGAUAUGUUUAGUCCUCCUACCUCCCAUUUAGACUUUCUCCGACAGGGACCGGCAACCAAUCUUACCAAAGGUAUACGCCAAACUGACGUCAGAGCAUCAGGAAUUUUUGACGUGUGAACGCCCCCACCAUCACCACCAUCAACAUCACGACCACAGACAAGCACUGACACCAGCCCAUCCUCUCAGCAGUAUUUCCUCUGCCACAACAAGCAGUUCUAUUCAUCCCAGACAGCGAGUUUGGAAAUACGCUGAAUCUGAUUUCAAAGGAGCUUUUUAAAUUUAUUUCUUCUGUUUAUCUGGUUGUUAUAAAUACGCAACGUUUACCUUUGGCAGUUUUUUUGCGCCGCCGAUUUUUGGAGAUUACACUUUUCUUUUCUUUUCUUAUCUGUUUGAUUUACCUUUGAUAUGGAAAUGAGAUGUGGUCCAGCGGUGAUGUGCUGUGUGUUCACCGUCCUCUGCUCCUUGCUGUCCGGCUCUCAGGCGUUGUCUUACGCGGACAGGCAGUACCUAAACGAGUGGGCUGUGGAGAUCCCCGGCGGGCUGUCCGCCGCCGAGGCCAUCGCCAAGGAGCUGGACUACCAGCUGGUUCGACAGAUUGGGGCCCUGGAAAACCAUUUCUUGUUCAGAAAUCACAAUCACCCCCGCAGAAUGAGACGCAGUGCCGGGCACAUGACCAGCCAGCUCUCAGAGGAUGAUCGGGUGUUGUGGGCAGAGCAGCAGUAUGAGAAGCGGCGAAGCAAGCGAGCCGCCCUAAGGGAGUGCAGGGACUGCUCAGUGGAGAAGCUUUUUGAUGAUCCAAUGUGGAACCAGCAGUGGUACCUACAAGACACCCGGACGUCGUCCUCGCUGCCAAAGCUGGACCUCCAUGUAAUCCCUGUGUGGCAAAAGGGCAUCACUGGGAAGGGAGUGGUGAUCACCGUCCUAGAUGACGGACUGGAGUGGAACCACACAGACAUCUAUGCUAACUACGACCCAGCAGCCAGCUACGAUUUCAACGACAAUGACCCGGAUCCUUUCCCCAGAUACGACUCCACCAAUGAAAAUAAGCAUGGCACUCGAUGUGCAGGUGAGAUUGCAAUGCAGGCCGACAACUAUAAAUGUGGCGUUGGAGUGGCAUACAACUCCAAGGUUGGAGGCAUUCGUAUGCUGGAUGGAAUAGUGACCGAUGCCAUUGAGGCAAGCUCCAUUGGAUUCAAUCCUAACCACGUGGACAUCUACAGUGCCAGCUGGGGGCCCAAUGAUGAUGGCAAGACUGUAGAGGGUCCUGGCCGCCUGGCUCAGAAAGCAUUUGAAUAUGGCAUUCAGAAGGGUCGAGGUGGAAAAGGCUCUAUCUUUGUCUGGGCAUCAGGUAAUGGAGGGCGGCAGGGUGAUAACUGUGACUGUGACGGAUACACAGACAGCAUCUAUACAAUCUCAAUCAGCAGCGCCUCACAGCAGGGCCUGUCUCCAUGGUACGCAGAGAAGUGCUCUUCCACCCUAGCUACAGCAUACAGCAGUGGAGACUACACAGAUCAGAGAAUUACAAGCGCUGAUCUUCACAACGAGUGCACUCAGACUCACACUGGGACUUCAGCUUCUGCCCCACUGGCUGCUGGGAUAUUUGCCCUUGCAUUGGAACAAAAUCCGGAUCUUACCUGGAGAGACCUGCAGCACAUUGUGGUAUGGACCUCAGAAUUUGAUCCUCUGGCCAAUAACCCAGGGUGGAAGCGGAAUGGUGCUGGGCUGAUGGUUAACAGCCGCUUCGGAUUUGGACUUCUCAAUGCCAAAUCACUUGUAGAGCUUGCUGACCCAACUGUAUGGAAGCAUGUGCCAGAAAAGAAGCAGUGCAUCAUUCGAGAUGACUCAUUUCAACCAAGAGACCUAAAGGCAGCAGGAGAGAUCACUAUAGAGAUUCCAACUAAAGCCUGUGCGGGCCAGGAAAAUGCUAUCCAUUCUCUAGAGCAUGUGCAAGUGGAGGCAAGCAUUGAAUAUACCCGGAGAGGAGACCUGCACAUCACACUCACCUCCCCAGCUGGUACAACAACUGUACUGCUGGCAGAAAGAGAAAGAGACACAUCAUCAAAUGGCUUCAGAAACUGGGACUUUAUGUCUGUUCAUACAUGGGGAGAAGACCCUGCAGAUACUUGGACCUUAAAGAUCACAGAUACUUCAGGGCGGAUGGAAAACAAGGGAAGGAUCUUGAAUUGGAAGCUGAUACUCCACGGAACAUCAGAAAAGCCAGAACACAUGAAGAAACCCCGAGUCUACAUUCCUUACAAUGCUGUUCAGAACGACCGCCGGGGUGUGGAGCAUAUGGAUGACAUGAUGGAGGAGCCCACACAGCCCCUCCCUCCUCAGAAGACUGAGCCUGCAGAAGCAUCUCCUUCACGCUCAGAGAAAGAGCCCAAAACGUCUUCAAGCAGCUCUCCUUACUCCCCUUCCUUGGCCCUGUUGCGACUCCUUCAGACGGCCUUUAAUCGACAGGCAUCUCAGGUUCCCCAGGCCGCAGCAAGGCCUCUCUCUGCUUGGAGGAAGCAGCAGCAGAGCCAGGGUUUCCUUCCUCCUCCAACAAAACUCCCAGCUCAGAAGCUGUAUCAGGCUCUGGACUUGAUCAACAAGUUUAAGGGCCCAGAGGACAACCUCUACAGUGACUACAGUGACGGCUUCUACAACAGCAAACCAUACAAGCACAGAGACGACCGGCUGCUGCAGGCCCUGUUUGAAAUGUUGGAUGAUGAGUAGAAGCAGGAGGCAUAGGGUGCAGGGGGCAGGAGAGGUUACUCCGCCAUUGGAUUGGGAGCAGAGGAACAAGCAAGGAGAUAAAAGAAGGCAAAUAGAUAUCAAACCUCUGGAGGCUAAGUGGAAAUGAAAUUUACCCAAAAAUGCUGCAUUUCUGAUUUUAUUUUCUAACCCAUAAAUGUUCAAUGACCUGUUCUUUUACUCAAUUCUUGGAGAAGUAAACUUUCCUAAUGUUAUUUCAAAUAUUGACAUGUUUAGAGCUCAUGUGUUGUAAAAUGUAUCUUCAUGUGGUGAAUCUAAACGCAUUUAACCAGAAUUAAAGGGAUGUAGGGAGAUAUGGUGGCCUUGGCUUUCUUAUCUGUACUGCCUGCUCAAGCAUGCCACCGUUUAAAUCUAGGUUUUGCAGUAGUAUCUAUAUCGAUUUGAUCAUCUUUAGACAAUGAUUGUAAUAUGGUUUGAAAGCCCAUUUAGCAAUUCUAUCUAUGUUUAGUUAUUCCUGAUGUUCUAAGCUAUUAAUAUGUUUUCUUUAUCCCCCACUGUGUAUAAGUUGGUCCUAAAAAUCUAAAAUGAUGAAUAUAUUAGAGAAAUUCAAGAAAUUGAGAAAAAAAAAAACGAAACGGACAUGAUUUUUUUAAGUUGGUGUUUAAUCUCUUCUCAGGGUACCGACUAAACAAGAAAAUAACUGCUUUAUUUUCUGUAUUCUAAGAAGUAUUAAGAGAAAUAUAUAUUAUUCUUAAAAAUGACAAUGAAAUGGUUUGAACAUGAUAUCAAAUGAGAAUAAAUCAUAAGUGAAGAAAAACAAAAAAAAAUUGGUAAAAAAGAAAUACAGUAGGCUGAGUCAGCACCCCAACAUUUUAAUUUUUAUGAGUGCAAUUCUGCAUUAAAGAAGUUAUUUUUAUAUAGAUGUCUUAAACUUUUACAAUCAGUUUAAUGGAACAUCCAAACUUUUUAAAAGUGCUUUUCUUUGGGGGUGGGGUUUCAGUUCACAAACUAUGUGGCAGCAAAAUCUAUAUAAUUAUUAAUAGGUACAACUCCAAACACUGCCAACGCGCUUCUGUCAGAAAGCUUAGCAAAAACAAAAGAUAAGAUGUUGUUUUCCAGCAUAUGUACCAGUACAAAAAAAAAAAACAACUCACUUGGCCAAAACCUCCUUAGAAUAGAGGCUCAACCUUGAAGCACUCUUGCACAUUCAUGUUGGAUGCCUUAAUUCCUGCUAUAAUUACUGUGCCCGCUUAAUCUCUACGAGUUUUUUCUGAAUCUAGUCUCAAGAGUUUGUGACAUGAAUCCUCAUAAAACCUUUAUGCAGAGUCCCUACUCUUUGGCUUCAAGCUGUCUGCCCCACUUUGCAGCCAGCAAAAUCACAGUAAUAUGAUGAUGUUUGCAUAAAGCUUCCCAUGCUCCACUUUAUCUAUCCCUAAGAGUAGCCUGUGCAGUUUUCUUUGUUUUUCUGUUGACAGAUUAUUCAGUCAACUGUUGUUUACACAAACUGAGAUUUUGUUGCAAUUUCUGUAUGUAUGUAUAAACAAAUAAUAAAUUUAGCGAAUAAACAGCAAAGUGA